AUGACAUUAUUGAAAAGAUUUAUUUGUGAUAAAAUCAUUAGGAUUGUAUCAAAACCUAAAUUUAAUAUCAUUUCGUUUUUAAUAAAUUUUGGUAACAAUAAUCAAAUUGGAUAUCAACAACGAGGAUAUGUAAGAGGAAAUUAUAAAAAAAGCAUAGAAAAGAAAAAAUUGAAACAGGCAACAGCAAGGAGAAUUGAUACUUCAAGACAAUUUAUUAGAAAACCUGUUAUCGAGUACCCUGAUUAUAAGGUGGAUGAUUAUGAUGGAAAGAGAAGUGAAAGUGAAAAAAAAAAUAAUGUUGAAUAUUGGAAUAACGAUUUAGAGAAAAGAACUUAUCUUAAACUUAAUUUUAGUCAAGCCUUUUUUUCGACAAGGUUAAAUACUAGAAUUCAAAAGUUACAGACAAAAUGCAAUCGUUUAAGUCUAGGACAUGCAGAUCCAACUAUAUUUAAAGGAGUGACAUUUUCAUUUGAGGAUAGAUUAUUAUAUUUAAUUGAUGUAACCAGAAUCUCGAUGAAAGAUCCAAACACCAUACAAAUAGAAGUAUUUGAUGAAAAAAAAAUGAAUCCAAUAGUCAAUAUAAUCAAAACUGUUGAGUCUAAACAUGUUUUGGAUCCAAUAAUCUGCGAUUUAAAAACACUUGUAGAAACUUUAUGUAAGAAAGUAGAAAAAUAUGCUGAAGAUGCAAGAAAUGAUCUCAUUGAAGUUAAAAAUUUAGCAUCAGAAAUACUGGAAAAAGAUAUAAAGAAUGGGAUUCCUGAAGCACAUAUAAAAGAAUUUAAGAGAUUGUUUUCAGAAGAUUUGGAAAAUUCAUAUAAACAUAUUGACGAAGUUAUGAAUCAAAAGUUGGAUGAAAUAAAGGAAACAUAUAAGGAUGAUCUACUUCUAACAAUUUAA